AUGAGGGAAUGGGAGGCUAUGGAUAAACAUUUAAUCAGAGGUGGUCAACAACAACAACAACUGCCAGAAAAGAUACCAAUCGGUGCUAUCUUUACGGAAAGUAAUCCGGAAAUACAGACUGUAUUCAAAUAUGCCAUACAUUUGCAUAAUUCAAACGAGUCGUUGUCCCGAUUCAAAGUGGAACCGGUCAUCGAUGUUGUCGAUAGUGACGACCCAUUCAAAGUCAGCCGCGCCUUAUGUCUUCAACUAAGUCGCGGUGUCUUCAGUCUGGUAUCGCCUAUCAUCGGUCACGCCUACGAAACACUAGUUUCCUAUUCAAACAUAUUUCAGAUGCCUUUUGUACACUUGGGUAUGAGCCGUACAAUGGAUGUUAAACAUGCAGAUUAUGGUAUAUCAAUGAGACCCAGAUAUUUGCCGGCAAUAGUCGAUGUUAUCAAGUUUUACGAUUGGAAAACCAUAAUCUAUAUCUAUCAGAGCGAUGACGGUUUAAUGAAAUUGCAGCACAUUUUCUCCAUUGUUAACGAUAACUAUACACUUGAAAUACGAGCCGUCAAACGUAUAGUCAAUGCUACCGAUGCCCACCAAUUUCUUCAUGCACUGGAACUAUCGGACAGUCAGUCGAAAAAGUAUGUCAUACUUGACUGCGACAGCGAAACGGCCAAACAGAUUAUCAUAGAUCACGUCCGAGACAUUUAUAUGGGUCGACGAAACUUUCAUUUUUUGCUCACUAGUCUUAUAAUGGAUGACUACUGGAACAAUCAGGUCCAAGAGUUUGGUGCCAUCAAUAUAACGGGAUUCCGUGUCCUACAGACAACCAGCCAUGAGUUUCGACAGUUUUCGAAAAGCUGGCGAAAUCUGAACCCAGGCUUAUGGCCCGGAGCCGGAACCAACUAUUUUUCUGCCGACACAGCCCUCAUGUUUGACGCAACAAAAGUCAUUUUAGACACUUAUAAUCGGCUUUUAAAGAAAAAGUCGGAUUUGUUUAAAAACAAUUUCAGAAGAGGAGAGUUCUUCAACAAUGGUACCAAAGGUAUUGAUUGUCGCCGACAAUCGGUCAUUAUAUGGGAACAUGGAGACAAAAUUGCCAAAUAUAUCAAAAAAUCUGAAAUCACUGGACUCACUGGUAAUUUAUCAUUCAUUGAGAGUGGAUUUAGACGAAACUUUUCUAUAGAUGUCGUAGAGAUGACUGUUAACCAUGAAAUGGCUAAAAUUGCCGAAUGGACUGAAGAGGACGGUAUGAUUUUGGUGCCGGGAAAGUAUCGGCGCAUAUAUCAGGAGUCAAAUAUUGAAAACAAAACAUAUAUUGUGACCAGUAUUUUGGAAGAGCCAUAUCUGAUGGAGAAAGUGCCCGAAUCUGGUGUUGUCUUAACCGGAAACGAUAGAUUUGAGGGCUAUUGUAAAGAUUUAGCCGAUUCUAUAGCCAAAAAUGUUGGCUUCAAUUAUGAGCUUCGGUUGGUUAACGAUUCAAAAUAUGGUGGACUAGACUCUAAAUCGCCCAGUGGUUGGAACGGUAUGGUUGGAGAGCUUAUUAGGAAAGAAUCGGAUAUAGCCAUAGCACCGUUGACCAUAACCAGUGCCAGGGAACGGGUAAUUGACUUUACCAAACCGUUUAUGUCGUUGGGCAUAUCAAUUAUGAUCAAAAAGCCAGUCAAGAAAAAUCCGGGAAUAUUUUCGUUCAUGAAUCCGCUCAGUCAGGAAAUCUGGGUCUAUAUCAUACUGUCCUAUAUUGGCGUAUCGGUCGUACUGUUUCUAGUAUCACGUUUUUCGCCCCACGAAUGGCGCUAUGAGGACACCCUAUGCGGACCUAAAGUUUCCAAUGAUUUUUCGCUGAAUAAUUCGCUCUGGUUUUCUCUGGGAGCUAUAAUGCAGCAAUCCUGUGAUGUAUGUCCCAGAUCCAUUUCGGGUCGUAUAGUGGGCUCUGUUUGGUGGUUCUUCACACUAAUUAUAAUUUCUUCAUAUACGGCCAAUUUGGCCGCCUUUUUGACGGUUGAACGUAUGGUUACACCUAUUAAUUCAGCCGACGAUCUAUCAAAACAAACUGAAGUUGAAUAUGGUGUACUGAAAUAUUCGUCAACAAUGGAAUUUUUCAGAAAAAGUAAAAUAACAGUUUACUCGCGAAUGUGGGAAUUCAUGAGCGCUAAACCCAAUGUGUUUGUCGACUCCUAUACGGAAGGCAUACGAAGGGUCAGAGAGUCAAAAGGAAAAUAUGCUUUUCUUAUAGAGUCAACUCAAAAUGAUUAUAACAAUGAGCGCCAACCCUGUGAUACAAUGAAAGUCGGCAGAAAUUUGGAUGCAAAAGGCUAUGGAUUGGCCACACCAUUGGGUAGUCCAUUGAGGAUUGAACUGAAUUUGGCUGUACUUAACCUAAUAGAAAGUGGAGAUCUGACCAAAUUGGAGAACAAGUGGUGGUACGAUAGGUCUGAAUGUAAGACUAAAGAUAUAAAGGAGUCAUCGCAAAGUGAGCUAACCCUGUCCAAUGUAGCCGGGUGCUUUUAUAUACUAAUUGGUGGACUAGUAUUGGCAAUGGUUGUGGCGCUCAUCGAGUUUUGUUGGAAGAGUAGACGUGAGGCCAUCCAGUCUAAGACUUCACUGUAUGAGGCAAUGAAAGCCAAUGUUCGGGUAUCGAUAACCGGUGCGCCCGCCUAUUCAGUCUAUUUGAACCGUACUAUUGCCCGAAACCGGACCGACUCUGUCUAAUCGGGUGCAGAAAAUCACACACACA